UUGUUGUUGUUGUUGUUGUUGUUGUUGCUAACUUGCAAGCAGCAGCCAACGAUCACGGUAUUCCAACACCAUGGGCACCAAUGAAAACGCAGUUCUCACGGCAGCUGAAGCAGCCACAGUCACAACACCAGGGACUCACUCACCACAGCACCAGCAGCAGCAGCUGCAACGGCUUCCCAUGUCUCCUUCCUCGCCACGCUCACCAUCCUCUUUGUUCCUCAACCACACCAAGCACCACCAGCAGCGCCCGGGCCCGCCACCACCACCACCACCACAUUCGCCGCUGCAGCCAAGCCAGGUUAUUCAAGAGGUGCAACCUGCAGCCGUCCCACGCAUGCCGUCCAGGUCGAGUCCUCCCCAGCCGCACACCCAGCCGCAUGGGCAGCGGCGCAGCAGCAACAGCAGCAGCCCAAACGGCGACGCAGAGCACCUGCCAUCCAUCAGCCGGCUCGCCCUGCAGCACAUCUCGCACGUGGGAGCCUCCACCACAACAGCACCGCGCCUUGCAAGUCGGGAACGCGUUGGCACCAGCGGCAGCAGCGGUAAUGGCAGUGCAACAAGUCUGAGCCACCGUGGUCGCGGCACCCGGUCCGCCGCUAUGCGUCACCUCCACGGCAAAGGCGACGUCGGCAGCGGCAGCAGCGGUGGUGUCGUUGGCUCAGCCCACUCUCAGCGCGGUGAAGGCAGCCUGAGUCCCCGCCGAUGGGCAAGGCACCGCCGCCUCUCUCGCAGCAGCAGCGAUGAGGGCCGUAUUGCCGCCGCCAUGGAAGAUCACCACGAAGCUGCAAGUCGUCCCGCCACCACGUUCUCUGGAUUGCCCGUUCGAUCCGCAAGCCUGAAGCGACACGGAAGCGGGGGCAACGGCGACGCGCGCCACGCACAGACACCGUUAACAGCGGCAGGGCGGUCAUCGGCACCACGACCUCGCCGCCGCCGCCACUCGUCGUCAUCAGCAUCACCCUCGUCUGCAGCCACAACGUCCCCAUCCUCUGCCACGUCCCGGCGCGCUGCGUCGUAUCACCAUCAUCACCAAAAGGGCCAUCUGUACCGUGGCCACCCAGCACCGCUGCACGCCACCGGUGACGACGCGCAACAGGCACCAGGCGUCUACGGGCACUUUAGGCCCCGUACCAGAGGCCGUGCUGUGAAACUUCCGACGCUUCGAACGGAACGUCUGCUCAAAACCGCAUCUGUGGAGGAGGACUCGGACUCACUUCGUGACCGUUUCCAUGAGCGACAGCAAGAGUUGCAGCGCACACGGCAGACACGUGACUCUGUGACGCACGCAAAGCACCGCCUUCCACAGCGGUACAUGAUGGUUGGAUACCGCGCCAGUCUCGCCAACAGGCAACAAAUGUCUGAGGAAGAGCUGCUGCAUCUUCAGCGGCUGGCGGUCGCCCCGGCGCCUGAACUCUAUUUUGGCAAAGGCAUCAGCGGCACCGUGCCCCAACUCCGCCGCCGCCACCUUGAGCGCGCACAGCUCCGAGGACGACUGUCAAUUCAGGGCACGCACAUGAAUGGUGUUGUGCGGGAACAUGAGGAGGGAGCCCCAUUGAAGGAGGAGGAGGAGCAUGUGGAAGAAGAGGAAGAACAAGAAGAGAAGGAAGAAGAGGAAGAAGAGGAGGAAGAGGAGGAGCAGGAAGAGGAGGAAAGUGUGCAGCACCACGAUGACGAUGACGAUGAUGCUCAUUCGGCACCAUCAGAGAUGUCACAGCUGCUGAUGGCAAAGGAGGAUGGGAGCGAGGGAACAGGCUUGCAGUUUGGACGCAUCUCCAUGGGAUGGGAGGGCACUGAUCUCGAUCCAGCACAGGCACAGCUCGACCAAGAGCUGGAGGACGUGAAGGAGGAAGAAGGGGAGGAGGGGGAUGUGGAGAAGGAGGGGGAGGAGGAAGGACAUCGUGAUGAUUGUGACGAUGGUGAUGGUGGUGCAGCGCAAGAGGAUGUGAAUGGUGAUACUGGUGCAGAAGAGGAUCAAGGUGCCGGUGACAUUGAUGGUGAUGGUGAUGACGAAAAGGCGGAGCGAGCGAAUGACAGCGAAUCAGCACCUGUUGGCGCUGCCGAGAAUGGACGUAAUUGUGAUGAAGACAGGGUGCAAGAGGCCGUGGCACAGGACACCACAGAAGGUGCCGAAUAGCACAUGCUGAUGAAGACGAAUAAACUGCAAUUGUAUGUGCAUGUUGUGUGUUUGCUCUGUGCAUGUUUUGUGUAUGUAUCUGUGUGAUGGGUUGGUCUGAUUUGAUUGAUUUUUUUUUCCGUUACAUUUUCUCGGUCACGUGCAUGUGUGUAUUGCGGUGUCGCACCACAUUAUUAUGUUAUCAUGGCUCUUUGCUGGUGCGAGUGAAUGCACGCGUGGUCCCCACAAGGAACUUCUUUGGGGCUGUUUUGGAUGUGUGUGUGUGUGUGAUUGGGAUGCCCUCGCAAUCACUGAAAGUACACGCUCUUCUGUGCUGCACAUGUAUGUUUACUGCUGCAAAACUUAUCCACACAGAUGGGCAAGCAACACUGUCG